AUGCCUCGUCUAACCAGAAAUAGUCGAGAAUCUGGACCCGUCUUUCCGGGCGUUGUUAGUUCGCAGCAGUCUAGCUCGGAAUCGCGUACAUCUAUUGGCGAUACAUCUAGCGCAUCUACGACCACAAACACCGUUGUUCAGUUGGGAACGAGUACGAUGCCAGCAUUGUCGACCGGGGAUAUUGUCACCAAUGUAGUCCAAGUAUUACAAGGUCAACUAACCAGCCUGGUACAGAAUGCCAUUGACGCCCAGCUAUCUUCGUCGGCAAGUGGUAGUUCAGGCGCAAAUUGCGAGGUAUCGUCGCAGGCACAACUCUCUACAGUCACAUCCCGUACAGCGUCCUUCGUGCAUAACCUUGCGACCAGUGCGGGGAAUUUUUCGACUUUGGGUUCAGCGCCAUUUCGAUCGUCGGCUACGAGUGAGGCAAGUACCGGUAUGCCACGUAUGGCGAGUUGUUUGGCGAAUUCAACAGGUAGGAUCAUUCCAAACUUUUUAAAUACGUUUACUGCUCCUAUCAGCUCAAGUGUGUGGUCUUCGGGAGGUGGUUAUAGUACCCCCGAGGUUGCCUUAGCGUCGCAACCUUCAGUUGUACCUUCGCUGCCGUCAGUAUUGGAUUUGGCUGGUUAUUCUAGCGCAGAACAAUUGUUACCCCAGUCUCUUCAUGGUCAUGGCCCUUCCCCGUUUAUCGUGGGUCCAGGUUACGCUCCCAUCUCGGCUAAAAUUGUUAAUGCCAUUGUGUCAGGGAAGUACAUUAAUCUUGGGGACCUACUCCCGGAAAAUGCGCUGGUUGUGGACGAUUUUAGCGAACCACAGUUAUUGUUAGACGGCCGUCUAGUGUUAACGGGUUCUGCGCGAAAGCCUCGGAAAGAAAUAACCGAUAUCUUGUCUUGGGUCGAAGCCUUCACAGUCUUCAGCGUGAUUGUCUGUUCGUACUUUCCGAACCGAUGGCGUGAUUUGUCAUCGUACAAGCUUUUAAUUUUGCGCACGUAUCGUCAGUUUGCUGGUUAUGCAUGGUGUGAUUACGAUAAAGCGUUUAGACAACACGCUGCUGCUACCAGGCUCUUGGACUGGUCGGAACUUAAUGUGCAGCUUUUUAAUUUCCACACGGCUGGUUCGGCCUAUAGAGGUCCCAACAGACUUACUACAGCGUCUAGUAGUUCUCGUUCCGAGCCUAAUGGUAAUCGUAACCAUGACUGUUCGGUCAAGUGUUUCUCGUGGAACAAGGGACGGUGCGUAGCACCUUCGGCAGUUUGUCGCUACAAACAUGCGUGUACGUUGUGUUCCGCUGCACAUCGUGAGAUCGAGUGCCCAUCAGUCUCUGCUGCUUCAAAUUCGCCAUUUUAUUCUGGCUCAAAUGGACCCGUUGGUGUCAACAAAAAGCGUCGGUUAUAAUUAUGCUUGACGUUGCUUGCAAUGAGUGUUUUUUUUUUGUUUUUUUUUGCAAUGUUUGACAGUAUUUGCGAGUGUGGUUUUGUUAAUGUUACUUUCCAAGACUAUAUAUUAAGUAGAUAUAUAUUAGAUAUAUAGAUAUUUAUGUAGAUGUAUGAACAGACUAAAUACUAGUCUAAACUCUAAAUGUCUGCAUAGGAAAUUGCUUGCGUUUAGGAAUUGUCUAUUUUCCGUUCUGGAAGAUAAGUAGGUUAUUACAGUUGAUAAUCCGUGAUGUUAACCUUCAGGUUGUCAAAGAUAGGAAAUACCUUAAAUAUCGGAAGGCUGUAUGAUAUAGAUAACCUUUUAGAAGGGGUUAUUAACACACCUCAGGCCAAUGUUCACUCAUAGUUAAUAAUAUUCACUUCACAUACAGUUUCGAUUGCUCUCACCUGUGUUGAGGCAAACCGUUUUCAUUAGUUGAGCAUGGUUAGCGCUGGCAAUUCUGUCGGCGAUUGCAUUCGGACGGAUGCGAAUGAGUAAACUAGCACAUGUCAUUCAUUCGAUUGCAUUUGCCAGGGGGGAGGGGGAGUCGCCGGUGGAAUUGCUAGUGUGAACCUGGCUUCUGUCAAUACAUAUUCCACGAUUGUUAUGUUGAAUGUUAUAAGCUGAAUCUUGGCCCCAGCCAGACUUUAGCCUUUUUUCCUUUUGCAUUGUUUGUAGCUGCCGAAUUUGAGGGCCACAAGUUAUUAGCUGUUAGCUAUUAUGUAUAUAUUACCCAUUUUGAAAUAAAGAUUGUACUUUUACUUUAACCCAUGAACGUGUCAUUUCUUCACCGUGCUAAUUAAUAGGCUCAAGCCGGUAAUACGGGUAUGGGAAGUAUUGUCGGCAGAUAUUAAAGUUAUGAUCAGAAUAAAGAUUUUUAGAUAAGUACAUUUCGAGUUACGUUCUUGGUAUUUGUGGCUUUUAAUCAUUCCGGAGGUUUAUCUCACGUGUUGCAGGCUGCAGGGCGUAAAUGCGUACCCCCCCCCCGUUUGUGUCUGGUGUCGCUUUUCUUUUGUUUGACAUGCAGUCCGAAUGUGCCUGUGACCAUGGGUAGAUAAUUAAACAUUGUUUGCAGUCUGCUAUCGCAUGCCUGGUUGCUUUGUGUUUUGUGCGUGAGAUGUGGCGCUUGUUUUUGUUUUUGUUGUUUUGGGGUGUGUUUGUUUUUUUUGGGGGGGGUGUCCCCAUCUGUUUUGCCCCAAGAAUGAUGAGGAUUGUUGUUGUUGUUAUUGUGCCCAUCAGGCUCUAGCACUACCAAGGUAUAUAUAUGCCCAGGGCGUUUUUUCUGGGCAGGCCUAUGUGUACGCGCUAUACUGCUGCCGCUUUCACGGUUUUAUUCGGUCCUUUGUUAUUAGGUUACAAUCGCUUGGGGGGGGGGGGCAUCUUACAUGGUUUUGAUCCUCUAACCGUUGUUUUUAGGCUAUCUUCAGCCGGUUUCGUUGGUAUCCCCUCUUAAAUUACGACAAUUCACUACUGAACUACAAUGUCAUCCUGACCGUUCUAAAGUGGACUAUGUACUUAAUGGCAUUGCACACGGUUUUAAUAUUGGAUGUUCUCCCCAGGUUCAGUUGACUGCGGCAAGUAAGAACAAAGCGUCAGCAUAUGAACACCCUGAAAUCGUCGAUGCGUAUUUGCAGAAUGAAGUUAGUUUGGGUCGCGUAGCUGGUCCGUUUGAGACACCUCCUUUGCCUGACUUACACAUAAGCAGCUUUGGUGUUAUUCCAAAGUCGGGUCAACCUGGUAAAUGGCGUUUAAUUCUAGAUUUGUCAUCUCCACACGGCUUCAGCGUUAACGAUAGUAUUGACCCGGAUCAAUUUUCCCUACAGUACAUCCAAUUUGACGAUGUCGUCGCAAUGGUGGCCAAACUUGGCAGGGGUGCUUUGAUGGCAAAGUUUGACGUUCAACGCAAUGUGGCUGUUCUACCCUUCCAACGCUACCUGCUUGGCAUGAAGUGGCGGGGAAAGUUUUAUGUGGACCUGGUAUUACCUUUUGGUUUACGUUCGGCACCGUUCUUUUUUAAUUCGAUAGCGGAUCUCGUAGAAUGGAUUCUGCGUAACAAUUACAUGAUACGGGACCUCUUGCAUUACCUCGACGAUUACAUAACCGCUGGCCCCCCUUGCCGUCCUGAUUGCGCACGGAAUUUAGUCGUCGCGUCCUCGGUGUGCCAGAGUUUAGGCCUACCAUUGCAUCCGGACAAAACCGUGGGUCCAACUACCUGCUUGAUCGUCCUGGGUAUUGAACUUGAUUCUGUGCUACAAAUCGCGCGUCUUCCCGCCACCAAAUUACUAGCUCUCAAGGGUCUUUUCACGGAAUGGAGCGCGAGGAAGUGGUGUACACGCGUACAAUUGGAGUCGCUGAUAGGCAAACUCCAUCAUGCUUGCCUCGUUGUUUGGCCCGGUCGUACGUUUCUCCGUCGGAUGAUUAAUUUGCUGUGCGCGUUUCGGAGCCGUGAUCAUCCAAUCCGACUUAAUGUCGAAUUCCGUUUAGAUCUCCAGUGGUGGAUCGAGUUUCUAGACGAUUGGAACGGGACAAGUUUCAUCCUGCUCCCAGGUCUCAUGCCCGUGGCGGACUUAUGUGUUACAUCCGAUGCUGCUGGCGCUAUCGGGUACGGUGCAUUAUAUCACCAACAAUGGUUCAGCCAUAAAUGGAUGCCCUCUCAAAUGCCAAUGUCGAUUGCCUACAAAGAGUUCUUUCCAGUCGUUAUUGCCGCUCAUCUCUGGGGUGAUCAGUGGGCCCACCGACGGGUUUGCUUCCGUUUGGACAACUCUUCCGUGGUCCACAUUUUAAAUGCGCGUACCUCCCGGGAUCCCCACAUUAUGGGUUUAGUACGUUCGCUCCUUAGUGUAGCUGCCCGGUUUAACUUCACUUUCCAAGCCCAGCACAUCCCUGGUCUAGCUAACCCCGUGGCUGACGCGCUGUCUCGUUUUCGUUGGCAGGUGUUCCGACAACUAGCUCCGGACUCCUCAGCAACGCCCACGCCUAUUCCAGAAGAGAUCCUACAGCGGCUGGCUCCCACCAAUUAGAGGCCCAGUGCCAACGUUACCUACAACAGGGUUUAGCGUCGUCAACCCAAAGGACCUAUUCGUCAGCUCAACGCGCCUUCUUACGUUUUUGUGAAGGAGCUAAUCUAAUGAACUCGCGUGGUUCUCCUUUGCCUGCUGAAGAAUGGACCCUUUGCCUGUUUGCGACAUGGCUGGCUGACGAUUUAAAAGCAGCGUCGAUUAAAGUGUAUUUGUCUGCCGUUCGAGCUCUUCACAUAGAACAGGGUUUUCCAGAUCCGUUGAGUGGUUGCUUACGUCUACAACGAGUUUUAAAGGGCAUUAAACGCUGUCAAGGUUCUUCUUCUGACAAGAGACUUCCAGUCACCCCAGCAAUCCUCCGUGCUAUCUACAGUCAUCUCGAUCUCUCACAGUAUGACGCCGUUAUGUUUUGGGCGGCCUGCUGUCUAGCCUAUUUCGGGUUCUUACGUUCAUCCGAAUUUACUGUCCCGAACGGUGCCACGUUCUCGCAAGCCUUACAUCUCUCCGUCCACGACAUCGCUGCUGACCAACGGGUGGCUCCUUCUAGGAUCCAAGUGAACAUUAAAGUGUCCAAAACUGAUCCUUUCCGUCAAGGUUGUAUCCUCACGUUGGGACAAGGCCGCUCCCCUUUGUGCCCGGUGGAAGCGAUGCUGAAUUUCCUGGAACUACGGGGCGGCUCGGCUGGUCCAUUGUUCGUUAGGUCAAAUGGUGUUCCUUUGACUAGGACCUAUUUAUCGGAACGGUUACGUCGGUUGCUAAGCGAUGCGGGAAUUCCUGGCAAUUUUAGCAGUCACAGUUUUCGCAUUGGUGCUGCAACGUCCGCCGCUUUGGCAGGUGUUCCCGAUCACCUGAUCCAAACAUUAGGACGGUGGUCCAGCUCCGCGUACUUGACAUACAUUCGGACACCACGUAGCUUGUUAUCCAAUUUAACGAAGAGUUUAUGUUAAAAAAUAAUAUAGAUUUUAUUCCCGUUGCAGUCAGUUGCGUGUAUUUCUG